AUGACAACGAUAGUAGAGAAGACAGAGCAUGGCAUCAUCUAUCGAGCUUCAGAUGUAUAUCCGACUCCAGAUGUCGAUAUCCUUACUCUUUUAUUCGAUUCGGGCAUUGGGCUGGCGAAACCGGAUUCGCCCAUUCACAUUUCAGCCGCAGAUCCAAGCUUGGUGCUGACGACAGCGCGGGCGCGCGUCUUGACGGAAGCGACGUCUGCGGCGCUACGCAAGCAUUUUGGCAUUGGUGCAGGAGGUCCAGGAAAAGAUGUGUGUUCGGUGAUUUCAACGGGACAUUAUUUGCUUCCUGCGCUCGCGUACGGCGUUAUUGGCGCGGAAGGCGUGUUCUCUGCUGCAUCUACGGCUAGCACAGCUGGUGAGCUGUGCAAGCAGAUUCAAGGUGCUAAGUCUAGAAUUCUUGUUGCGGUUGAGGGGACGAGGGAUGUUGCGAUUGGGGCUGCUGAGGCGGCGGGAUGGGGGAGAAAUGGGGGUGGGAGAGUGCUUGUUAUGAGUGAGUGGAGAGAGUGGAGUUUGAGGAUUGUUCAGGAAAAUGGAGCGUUGGGAGAAAAUUUGAUUGAUGAGGGGGAUAGGUUGGCUUGGAGGAGGAUUACCGAUCCGCGGGAGCUGGAGGAUGGUCUUGUUGUGCUGAUUUAUAGCUCUGGGACUACGGGUUUGCCAAAGGGUGUCAAGAUCUCUCAUCGCAACUUGGUAGCCGAGACUGUAAUCCCAGGUAACCUGGUCAAGUCAUGGAUAUCAGCGAAGCGACCGAACUUUGAAUAUAGAACAAUCGCUCAUUUACCCAUUGCACACAUCGCUGGCAUCCAGGGUUACCUCUUCAACGGAUUCUACCUGGGCGGCCCUGUUUACUGGAUGCCAAAGUUCGACUUUGCUCAGUUCCUCGAAUACAACAGGAAAUACCGCAUCACCUUCUUCUUCACCGUGCCGCCUAUCUUCCUACUCAUUGCAAAGUCGGACCAGGUAACAGACCAGUUCCAGACUCUGGAGCUCGUGGUCAGCGGUGCUGCACCACUGGGCAAGGACUUGCAGUAUGCAGCGAGCCAAAAGCUAGGUGGACCAGAUUGCUUCAUCGAUCAGACAUGGGGGCUAUCCGAAACGACAGGAAGUGCUUCAAUCAUGCCAGCGGGUAUGCAUGACGACACUGGGUCCGUAGGCCCUCUGUUGCCGAAUGUGGUUGCCCGUCUUGUUGAUGAUGACGGCCGAGAUGUCGAGCCGGGAAAGCCAGGAGAGAUUCUGAUCAAAGGGCCUGUGGUGUGCAAAGGAUAUCACCAGAACGAUGCUGCUAACAAGGAAUCCUUUGCAGAUGAUUGGUUUUACACUGGCGACAUUGCAGAGUUCCGCAACGGACUGUUUUACAUUGUCGACCGUAAGAAGGAGUUGAUCAAGUACAAGGGCAUACAGGUUGCUCCUGCAGAGCUAGAGGCCAUAUUAGUGACUCACCCAGAUAUUCUGGAUGCGGCAGUUAUUGGGGUCGAGGCUGAUGACGGGGUCAAUGAGGUUCCUAGAGCGUAUGUUGUCGCUGCUAAGGGCAAGAAGAUUAGUGCGCGCGAUGUUGCAGAGUUUUUGAAGAGCAAAGUGGCUGGGUACAAGCAGUUGAAGGGUGGCGUGGUGUUUCUGGAUGUGAUCCCUAAGAGUCCCAGUGGAAAGAUUCUCAGGAAAGAUUUGAGGCUUUUGGCGAAGCGUGAGAAGAGUGCAAAGUUGUGA